GGUUAUGUUAUAAACCUUUCAUGUCCUGAUGUAUUGAUUUCAAUUUAUUAUUAUUUUGUUUAAAUGUUAUUGUACAUAAUUAUCAAUUUUUAUCACAGAUAACACAGACACUUGCCCUGCAAGGUCAACUACGUAGCAGUUCGGGAAAAGUGUUCUUACCUUAUUAUAUUUCCAAGAUAUCACCUUCAGUAAAAUGAAAAACAAAAUUCCCAGAGGUUGGGCCGAUUAUUUACCGUAUGGUGAUAAAGUGGAAGGAACUAGACUUUUUCCUUUCAAAACGCCACUCAAACAGGAAAUGCAGAGCAACAUACCCAGGGAACAACGUUUCACACCUGGCUGCCUUAUAGCGAACGUACCGAAGCUGAGAGCCGUCAUAGAUUUAACGGAUACUGAAACUAAAGACAGGUACUACUGCAAGAAAGACUUCCUCGAUGCCAACAUCGACCAUCUGAAGAUGCGCAUCGCAGGAGGCGGUCUAAUACCUGGAAUGAACAAAAUCAAGGAAUUCUCGAAUGCCGUGGAAGGAUUCCUGAGGAAAUACUCCGACGACCCAGAUGCACUUAUUGGAGUUCACUGUACCCAUGGCCUGAACAGGACGGGAUACUUCAUCUGUAUGUACAUGGUGACGAGCCUGAGAUGUGACCCGGCCGUAGCAAUAGACAGGUUCCAAAGAGCCAGAGGAUAUGAAAUGUACAGACAGAAUUUCAUAGAGGAAAUUAUGACACCAGGAAGGCAUUCCUCCACCAACCAAAUUCCGUGCUACGGCAGAGAAAAUAAGGCCAAAUCAAUACGCCCAAUUGGAAAUUAUACCUAUAAGAACGAUUGGCUAGAAGACAUACCUAGACCAUCUGGAGAAAGUAAUAGGGGAACUAAUCCUCCAGAAAACAGAAGAGAGGGAAGGAAAGAGAGGCACAGGGUUAGCAGAGGUCGUAUGAGAAGAGGUUUCCAGGAGUGUUCAGGAAGAGAUGGUGUUGGUGCCGAAGCCAUGGCACUUCUUCCAGAACCAUUCCAAAAUAAUACAUACCGAAGGGAAGGAGUAGAAGGAUUCCCACGUGGGAUUGAUAUGGGGGUAGAGAGAAACCCUAAUUUUACAGAAACUGUGAGAAGAUCGGGUCCGGUUCGAGGAAACCUUACACUUCGUGCUCCACCUUUUCAAGAUGGGGCAUUCCGAAGGGGAGAAGGUUUUCCAUUCGAGGUUGAGAGAUUUCCACAAGGGAAUGAUAUGGGGGUACGCAGAAACCCUCAUUCCCAAGAAACUAUGAUUGGAUUGCCACCGAAUCGUGAAAACCUUACACCUCGUGCUCAACCUUUUCAAGAUAGGGCAUACCGAAGAGAAUUCGAGAUACAAAGAAUUCCACAUGGGAAUGACAUGAGGGUAGGACGAAAUCCUCUUGAGGUGGAUCGGAGACUUAGAGAUUUUCCUCCAGACAGACAACCAUUCCUGCCUGGACAUAAUUCAAGACAGGAAUAUUUGCCGUUGGAAAGAAAUCCCAAGCGAUCAUUUCCAUCUGAUGAUGCAGGAUUAUUACCACAUCCUGAUGGAGGAGAAUGGACCGCAGUGAGAUCAAGUAGGAAUAGAAGGGCUGGUUUUAGAAGAAGAGGAGGAAACACUAACGAUAGACGAAACUUCAGGAAUACUGACAGACGUAUGGAAUAUAGGUCUCCGUUAGAUGACGGUUCUGCAGCAGCUUUUGAUAGACCUUCAUAUGGGGGCUAUGGGAAAAGAGGAGGGACAAACACAUAGUGAUUUGGAGUUUUUUUACAUAUCAAAUUCUGGUGGUUUUAUUGGACAAAUAAAUUAAAUAAUUUAUUCCCAGUCA